UUACAUGACCACCAAUGCAAUACUAAUUAAUUACUAGAUAAACAUGAUUUUAGUUGGCAUCGACACACAGUUCCCAUUAUAUAUACUUGAAACCAACAAAGAGCAGCUUAAUUCAUUAACAUACAUGUCCCAUUCAAAUCAAAUCCUCUAUACCAACCUUAAUUAGCAUUUAGUACAUGUGUUUUAUAUAAUAUAUACACAUUCUCCAACUCCAACAUACAUAGCCCACUCUUAAUUAAGAUUAAGUAAAGCACAAUGAAAUUGGAAACACAAGCACCCAUCGUCUCCGACCAUCCACCUCUAAAGAAGAAAAACGGAGAGUCGUUCUCGUUUCCGAGCACCCCGAUUCAAGAAGAUUCCGACUUCGAAUUCGGGUCACUUACACCUGACUCGCCCUCCUGCACAACAUCACCAGCUGAUCAACUGUUUUCCAAUGGCCUCCUACAACCACAUUCAUUCCCUCUCAAUCUCAACCAUGUUGUCACAGCAAGCAGCCGAACCAGCAGCAUCGGAAGCAAGGACUCUUUGCUGUCAUCCCGAAGCAACAGUACCAACAGCAGCUGCAGCAGUGCUAGGACAAGCUCGAGUGAUAGCUCCGAACGACGACUUUUUCACAACAAACAAAUGCUUUCUUCUAAAUCUCAACAGUCGUAUGGCUGUUCUCAAAGGUGGCAUUAUAUAACGCCUGCGCCGAUGGCUUUAAACCGCGACGCCUCCAAGAAAACGAAACAACAAGGGGCUAAAAGGAAAGAGAAGAAAAAGGAAAAGAAGAAGAAGAGGGUGUUGUUGCGGUUGCGAUUUGUUCGGAGAAUUUUCCAGUGGUUUUUCUUUGCUUGCAGACAAUGUCAUGCCAUGGAACCGUCCAAGGCACAUAAUAAAGGGAUUAAGAUUCAACAGAGUAGUUAAUUAAUAUUUGUAUUAUAUUACCAGUGCUUACUUCAACAUUGCUUCCAUGGGGGACUUGUUAAUUGGUUGUUUAAUAUUUGUUAAUAGGAAGCUUAUGGUAUUUGAAACUUUUUUGGUCUUGCUUGGGAAUGUACAACAGUUUUAAUUAAUAAGGGGAAUUAGAUGA